GCAUGCGCAGUUUCGUGGUGCAUUUGGAAACUGUCAAAAAAUUGUUUAUCUUCUGUUGUUUGUACUUCCAAAAGUAAGAUGUACCCAAAAUCAGAAAUAUUUUUAGUAUAUUUCGUAUUUUAAAUAAUUUUUGCAUAGGUUUGUGCUGCUAAAAUUACGCGUGCUUCCGUGUCUCUAUCCGCAGCUUGUAUUUAGGAGGGAUUUAUUCUAAGUGUCCCUGAAGGCAGCACCGGUAGGAACAGGAAAAGGGAAGCUCAGACGGACACUUUCCUUCUGAAGUGACGGUGAGUCUGAAACAAAUAAUUUCCUUACGAAAACAUUGUUUACGCCAUCACAUCUAACAGGCGAACAAGACAAAAAACAUUUCCGAGCUGACACUGAAGUAACAUGAUAGCUUUGCUAGCAGUGCUAAGUUAAAAGGAUUUGAACUUGUUUUGGUAAUUGCGAGCACAAACAUUCCUGAUGCUAGACUAGUGUUUUUAAAAUGAGCUAAAAGUAAAGCUAGGCACGACGUGUUCACGUCCAUUUGAACCGCGGCGCCAACUUUGUCCCAGUUUCCACGCACGGAUCAUGUUGAGCAGACUGUCCGGACUGAGGUGCUGGGACGGGGUGGCAGCUGGCAUCGAGGCCGCUAUUGUUCCUGCUCUGGCGGCUGUAACAGGAGCAGAGACGGUCCUCCUGAUCCCCACACAACACGAUGAUGAGAGCCAGCAGAAAAGCUCAGAGGCCAAACCUUUAGAAACAAGACAUUCAAUUUCAUUUAGCAAAUAAAUAGUAGAGCUCUCACAUUUCCCUUUUGAAGGAUUGAGCUCCAUCUAGUCAAUGUUUUUUUUUUUAAUUAUUUCUCUUUGAGUAAUGACUGAUAAUGGCUGACAAAUUAAUCGAAUGGGUUAUGAUAAGAUUUACAUUUCAAUACAUAUUUUUCUCGCUGCUCUUUUUACCUUCUCAUUUGGGUCUUCAUCAUUUAUAUUUCUCAGAUUGCGCUUGUUUAGAUUAAAAUAAAUAUAUUCCUUUAUUUUAGGAAUUUCCUGGAGAUUUUAACUGUCCAGCCCAAAAUGAAAAACAAUUCCCUGUAGUUUGUAUGUUGUUUUAUUGAAAUUGGACUGAAGGCAUUUUAGAAAGUCUAGAUCAGUGGUUUAGAACCAGCAGCUCUAGAGCCUCUAGUUCAACUCAUUGAUAAACAGUUGAAGGACAGUACGUAUCACAAGUCAAACUAACGUAUGGACAGAUUUUUGAGCGCCACAUAUUAAAAAAAAAUCAAUUGGAGGUCAGUAAGCAGUACUGGAAUAAAUAAUUUACUGCUGACAUGACACUACCUACGACUAAAUUAGCUGCAUUGAGAUGAUCCUUAUAGUACAUGGAGGCUUUUAUUUUGAAAGAAAGUAUUGGGAACCUCUGUUUAAAGUUAACUCAAAGAAACGGCUAUUUCCUCUGUGUUUUGUGUUCUUUUCUAUUUAUCAUAAUGACAACAUAAAUACAAACCUGUGUCUUAUUUUUCCAAAGGGUGAAUGAAGUAAGACCUUGUGGCUCCUGCUUGAUAGUGGUCAGUAAGAAAUCAACCAGAAUUAUUUAAAAAUUUUUGGUUGAAUGAGUUUCAAUUUUUACAAGUAAAGGGACUAAAAAGUCUUUAUUGCAUUACCCUUCUUGAUGGUCUAAAAUACUUUAUUUUUAUUUUAUUUUCAGAUAAUCCGAUGACAUAAAAAGUGUCAUGGUGCUUCAAAAUAAAAGAAUUAAUCAUAUGUUUGCUUUGAUGCUUUAUUUCCGUUGUGCGAUGCGCUGUUUUCUUUCCGUUCUCCUGACUUUCCAGACUUCCCUUCCAGGCCUGCAGUCCUAAUCCAGGCCUCCCGUCUCUGUCAUGGACAGCCUGGAGGAGGACCUGACCUGCUCGGUGUGCUACCAGUUGUUCUCCGACCCGCGGGUCCUCCCGUGCUCGCACACCUUCUGCCAACCUUGCCUGGAGAACCUGCUGCAGGUGUCCACCAACUAUUCCAUAUGGCGCCCGCUCCGCCUACCAAUCAAAUGCCCCAACUGUCGCAGCGUGGUGGAGCUGCCCCCGGCGGGCGUGGACGCCCUGCCCAGCAACGUCUCCCUGCGGGCCAUCAUUGAAAAGUACCAGCGAGAUGAGGAGCCACGCCCCCCGUCCUGCCAGGAGCACCCCAGACAGCCCCUCAACAUGUACUGCAUCCAGGAUCGCCAGCUGAUCUGCGGGCUGUGUCUGACCGUCGGGCAGCACCACGGCCACCCCAUAGACGACCUGCAGGCCGCUUUCGCCAGGGAGAAGGCCACUCCCCAGCAGCUGGCCGAGCUCUCCGAGCACAGAUGGGCUGAGGUUUGUGAGCUGGGGGAGCAGCUGGAGCAGGAAAAAACCCGAUGCGAGGGUUUGCUGAGACAGGACCGGGACGACGUGACCCAGUUUUUUCACUCCCUGGCGUUGGUAAUGGCCAAAAAGAAAGAGGCUUACCUGGAGGUUCUGGACAAAGCUGCUGCUGAGGUGUCCCAGGCGUAUGACCCCCUGAUCCAGAGGGUCAAGGAGCUGCAGGAGGAGCAGCUGGAGCUCAUGUCUCUGGGUUCGUCGGUGGAAGAGGAGGAGGAAUCCCCGCUGGCCUUCUUGGAGAAGGUGCACUUGUUCCGAGAGAGAGUGGACAAGUUCCUCAAAGCGCCGCUGCCGCACGCCAUCAAGCUCUCGGUCACGCCGCGCGCGGCCGACUACCUGCAGCAGCACUGGCCCCCGCUGACCAUCGGGGCUCUGGAGGAAGCGCCCGUCCCCGCCGUCUGCUGCUGCACCAGACGCGGCAGUGCAGAGGCGGCGGCUGCAGAUGGGAGCGCCGCAGCUGCGAGGGUGUCGUGGCCCGACCAGCUGCUGGCCGUUUCUGCGUUCCUGGUGACGCUGCUGCUGACGGCGGUGUGGUUGAACCCGCUCGGAAGAGCCGGCUGGCCUCACUUUGGUCAGUUGGUCCACAGCCAGACUGGGGAUUUCCUCGCAUCUGUCGAGGAGGGGGUAAUGUGGGCGUGGACGACCACGGGGGUCACUCUGCAUGGGUGGAGCUCACAGCUUUCUUUACUGAGGGAUCAGGUCUUUCAGGUCAUGGCUGCUUUUUUUGAAACACCUUCUUCCUGAAAGAUGAAGACGUGUUCUCCAUUAUUGUUGGAAUGCAGAAAAAAAAGAAUCUUUUUAAGGUUUUAAAGACGGUUAAAGUGAUUGCAUGCCCUGCGACGGACUGGCGACCUGCCCAGGAUGUACCCCGCCUUAGCCCAACAGUAGUCGGGACAGUAACUAAACUAACUGGGUACAGUGGAGCAGUGGUUAGCACUCGUGCUUCACAGUGAGAAGGCCCUGGUUCAAAUCCGGGUGGGGUCCUUUUUGUGUGGAGUUUGCAGGCUCUCCCUGUACGUGUGGGUUUUUACUGGCCGCUUCUUCCCAUGUCCCAAAACAGGCUUCAUAGGUUCAUUGGUGACUCUAAAGUGUCCCUAGAGUGUGUGGCCCUGCAACAGACGGGCGACAUGUCCAGGGUGGACCCCGCCUUCACCCGACAGUAGCUCAACCCCGCGACCCUGAAAGAGAUUCAGCGGGUUCUGAAGAUGGAUGGAUGUUUAAGAACCAGCGGUCACGUAAAGUUAUUGUGGGUCUGAGGGAUGGUUCAAAAUACUCAAGGCACCGUGUUUUCACCCUAUGAAUUAUGGGAAACUAUCACUCCAAAGCGUAUUGAUCAAGAAGAAAUUUGAAAAAAGUGACAAGAAUUUAAACAUGUAGCCUUUUUGGGCUGUGUUCUUUAUUCACAGCUCACGUAGCUUCAAGUUUUUGUGUAACUGAAAGGUGUUGUGCUCGUCUUUGGAAGUGUUCUGCUUUUUUUUUAAAUAAAGGUUUGAGAAAUAAAAUCAAAGGGGAAUUCA